AUGAGACGCGGUGACUCGGAUAAUACGUCUCACGGCGUGGGGCCACCGGGGGACAUCGUGGUGGAGAGGCCAGUCGUUGGGCGCGCACAUAUCGGGGAUCUCGACAAGACCGCCACCGCCUUUAUCGCACCGCCUCCAUGGCGAAAAUCCCCGAGUCUCCCUGUAACCAAGGGAUCGCGCUUCUAUGUGACGGGGGAUCAGGUUAUCCUCCGCAGCCAAGCUAUUGCGACAAACACUAUCGCCGCUGCGCUCAUCGUCCCCCAUGGGUCUGACUCGUCCAUCCUAGCAGCCUUUAUCACCACCGGCGUCGACAAUCAGCACUAUCCAGGUGCGCAAUUAUCCCCCUGUACGGUAACCGGUGAGAAAAACCGGCGCCUGUUCCGCCAGAUUGGCUCCCGCUGGACGGUAGAGCAACUCGCUGGGCUCCAGCCUUCCAGAGGGGACCGCCGUGCCCCUGCUACACCCACCGAGCAACGGCUGCAGAGAAUGUGGGUGGCUGUUCUACACGCUGAUCCGCAGACUAUUGCGGCUGAUGAUGACUUCCUGCGUCUUGGUAGUGACUCUAUCAGUGCGAUGCGCUUCAAGGGCCUGUCCUUUCGGACCUUGCUGCUAUGA